AUGCCAGAACUGCGACGUCCGAGGGUGAUCUACGUCACCGACAAAGAACUCGUCGUCUCAAAGAGAGAACUAACCACGAAAGACGGCUAUUAUCCAACUCAGUACCAUUCGAUCAGAAAAGACUACCUUCGACGAGUUCGAUUCGAUUCCUAUUCCAGAGUCACCAUCCCAAAGGCUAAGCACACUUGUAAAGCGAAGUCGAUGGCUUAUGGAUUGACGAUUUUGCUAAAAAGCAAAAUCUAUGCUCGCACUGAGUUGCCGAUAACUCCGGAGGACGCCGCUAAGGAAUUACUAACUUGCCCCAUCUUGCGUCGGAUAGGUUUCGAUCUCAAAAUGAUCAAAAUAGCGUGUGAAAACAGAACGAAAAUGAUCAAGAGAGGACCGAAGAAACCAAAGAAAGAACCAGCAAUAAUGGAUUCUGAAGAAGAGCAACUAAAAAUUGCAGACAAGCCAAGCUCUUCGUCUCCAAUCCUAAGAUCUCAAACUCGAUCGGGCAAAGAAUUUGUCGGGGCCAAAGUAUGUAAACUGGAGAAAGAAGAUGAAGAAGAAGGAGAAAUCAGAACGAAAGAGCUUGAUGAAUUAUUCGAAAGACUGGAAAGGAAGAAUGAGUCGGUUAAAACAGAAAGGUCAGAAGUCAAAGUUCCUGAGCUUGAAGUGGAUUUACUUCCUUUGGAACCAGUUCCCUCUUUGGACCAAGUGCCAUGUCUAGAACCCUUGCCACUCUUUGGACCUGAGCCACCUCUAGAACCAUCGCCACUCGUUGGACCUGAGCCACCUCUAAAACGAUUGCCACUCGUUGGACCUGAGCUACCUCUAGAACCACUGCCAGCAAUGGAAGAACUGGAAGUUCAAGUUAAACAAGAAAAAGAAUCACCGAGGGACUUUUUUCUCAGAGAAUUUCGACUGGAGAUAGAAGCUCUUUUUCAAAAGUCUUUGAUUGACCAUGAAGACUUUGCGACAGCUUUCAUUGAUCGGCGGAAGACGAUCCUCCCGGAGUGGAUCUCGAGCGAUCGCUGUGGUACAAUUAUUGAUGCUCUCAAAGACAUGCAGAAAAUCCUAAACAAUGAGGAUAUGGAAGAAGAAUGCAGCGAAAAAGAAAACUUGAUAAGUUUGGAGACGACGAUGAAUACUUUGAUGGCUUUGCUGACUGAAUAA